UGGGUUCAGUUGACUACAGAAACUCAAUAUUGUUUUGUAUGAUAAUAUGUGGUUUCAUUUGAACAGAGAACAGGUGACAACCAUUUUAUACAAUAUUUGGUAAAUUGAAACUUGAAUUCAUUGAAUGGAUCGUUGGAUCGGAAGAGUGGCUUUAGUUACCGGGUCUUCAGUGGGUAUCGGAAAGGCUAUCAGUAAAGCUCUGGUUGAAUGUGGUCUUAAAGUUGUCGGUUGUGCCCGAAAUAUAGAUCAGCUGAAACAAUUAGAAUCAGAUUUGAAUGCAAAUAAAACUAAAGGAAGUUUUAAAGCAAUUAAAUGUGAUUUAAGACAGGAAUCAGAAAUUAAGUCAAUGUUUGAUGAAAUCAGAUCAACAUUUGGCAGAAUUGACAUUUGCAUCAACAACGCCGGUCUUGCAAAGGACGCGCCAAUUAUUGAUGGAAAUACAGAAUUUUGGAGAGAAAUGUUGGACGUGAAUGUGACCGCACUGUCCAUCUGCACCCGAGAAGCCAUUAGUCUUAUGCGUGAUAACGACAUAAACGAUGGUCACAUAAUCCAUUUAAGCAGUCUUUCUGGUCACCGAUUGGUACCAUCUUCUGCGACUCACUUUUAUGGCGCCACUAAGUAUGCCGUCAGAGCAUUGGCUGAAGGACUGCGACAAGAACUCAGAGCAAUCAAGAGUGGCAUAAGAGUGACUCUUAUCAGUCCAGGUGUGGUUGAGACUGAGUUUUCUGUAAGACUUCAAAAUAUUAAAGAGAAGAACAUUGAUCCAUACGCUAACAAUCCACACGUCAAGGCUGAAGACAUCUCACAAAUUGUAGUGAAUGUCUUACAAAUGCCGCCACACGUCGAGAUCAAUGAUGUGCUAAUUCGUCCAACUUUUCAAUUACUAUAAGUUAAUUAAUUAACAAAUUAUUAUAUAUUAAUUCAAUUAUUUUAAUGCUAUUAAAAAUGUAGCAAUAAAUUUGUUAUAAUAAAUCUCAAAAUAAUUUGACAUUAAAUCAU